AUGUUUGGGCAUGAGCAACGACUGCGCAUAUCCCGCGAACUUGUUGAAAUGCUUCGGAACCUUCGAGACGUGGUUGAGUCACGUCUUCUCUGGAUAGACGCGCUAUGCAUCAAUCAAGCAGAUGAGAAGGAGCGGUAUUCGCAGAUUUUGCUGGUGGGCGAUAUAUAUCGUCACGCCUCCAAGGUACUCCUGUGCUACGGAAAAGGCGACAGUACGAUCGAGCAUGAAGACUGUGCCUCUGUCGACGGUCGCUGGCCCUGGGUUGGAUAUAUCGACAUCCGAAGCGCUAUCACAUGCUUGAGGGGACGGCCCUGGCGACUUUCGUGGUUGCUAGAAAAAGCAGCCUGCUUGGACAUGUGGACCGAUGUUCGUUACAAGCAGGUUUCCGGGCAGGAUUCCAUGUCGUGGGAGUCACAACCUCCGAUGAAAAGGGCCAUCUUGAAGCCGGGUAUCCUGAUGUUCACGCCGAUACCUUUGCUGGUCAUUCGCGAUUAUGCCACCGCUCGUGAUCUGGGGCCGAAAAUACCAAUGUAUCUUCGGCAGUCUUCUGACUCCGACACAUGGUCGUCAAGAGUGGCCGCGCAAAAGUACUGGAUAGUCGAACCACCUCCAGAAAUGUUCGCAGCCGCUACAAUGACCUUCAUCAUUCUGCUGACCUGGCAUCGCGGGCUCAACGAGAGAUAUCCUGUGCAAAGCAAGAUCAUGGUGACCAGCGUAGCAGGCGGCAUUCUACUAGGUGCCCUGCUAGACCUGUCAGUUUGCGCAAGCAUGCUCAACCUCGUACCGAUCGCGGCAUAUCUUGCAGCGAUUGCAUCUGAGCUGAUUAUUGUCGCAAGUAGCAAGAAGAACACGAUGAAGGAUUCAUCUGAGUCACGGUUGUGGCGGGUAGAUGAGAAGCUGUUCCAUAUCGAAGCAAAGGAUGGAGUGUGA